AUGUCAGACACGGGGGAAGCGCCUACGGGUGUGCAGGCGGCCGAGUCGAGAGACGAGGAAGGACGGGGACAGGAAGCCGUUGAAGGAAAAGUUGAGCCGACAAAUGAAAAAGAACGGAAGAAGCGUCACCCAAAAAAGAGCAAGCAGUUGCAACCCGACGGCUCUCCAAUUGUUGACUCUGCGAAACCAACGAAAAAAAGUACAAUGCAGGCGGAAGGAGGGGCGCAAGGCUCCGCGCCUGCCAAAUCCGAAAACGAUCCGAGAAGCGAAACUUCAGAAAGGAGGAAAAAAAAGAAAAGAGCUGUAGUUGUUGCUGUGGAAGAAGAAGAAGGCAGCCAACACCCAGCAGACUUCUCCCAACCUGCUGCCAGCAACAAGGCCCGCAAAUCAACUCUCCUUAUGUGUGACAAUGCAGCAGCAGUUGCCUUGGGUAAUCUUCUGGCCAUACAGUGUAUUUCAAUUGCUUCUGUUGCCGCACUGCAGCGAGGGGUUUCACCGAAGGUUGAGGGAGAAGAGGAAGUCGAUGAAGCUCAAUGGGUUGAAGAUAUUGAAGACGAGGAACUUGGCCAAAUCCUAGCCAAGGCAAAAGCUUCCGAACAAAGAGUAGCGGAGCUGAGGAAAGCGAUUUCUGAAACCGCAUCUCUGGCCCUUGAUAGCUACUUUGAUGAACUUACGACGAUAACGCAAGAUAAAUCCCUCACAAUUGGGACCGCAGAUGAGGACAGAGUUAUUGCAGUUGAACAAAAAGCAGCACAGGAAAACUUAGCAGCGUGUGUAGUUCAACAGAAGGAGCUACAACAGCAACAACAGCGGCUUCUACUCUAUGAACAAGUAGUCCGCAAAAAGAUUUUAGAUGAGCUAGAGUGGCGGGAGGAAAAGCUCAAAGUGCUCAAGCGUCAGGCAGCCAAGCAGGACCUCAACAGACAGGACCAUCUUGUGAAGUUGGUGCGGGAAUGCGAAUGCCGAAUGGAAGCUGUAAUGGGACGUCGUAAGGCCCGUUUAUCCAUUGUUUAUGGCCUCCUAAAAAAGGAAGGGGAAUACACCGCAGUUUCGAAGAGAAUGGACGACGCCAAGUCCAACGAAAGAAACAACUUUAUUCCUAUGGGCAAAUCGUACCGUGUUGAAUGGCUGCGGGCACCUCAACCCCUGAAGCUACAGAUAGAUCUCUGCCGGGCCCUCAAGGACAAAGUUCCAGCUGGAAGAUAUCUCAUUUCUGUGUCUAUAUGGACGCGCAUGGGAGGCACGCGUCUCCGCUGGAGCGGAUUGCCCACUAUCGAAGAGAAGCUCCUGCGAGACGCGGCUGCGAGAAAGCAAAGUAAAGUAUCCCUCCCGGUGCUGUCGACUGCCGGCAACGAAUCUGCAGAAAGUGAAUCAUUUGCGGGAAUGGCCGCAGCCGUCACCCAAUCUGUGGAAUUUGAAGCAAACUUCAAAGACGAAUGCUUGAGGCAAGAAUCACACCCCCGCACAUUCUGUCAUGAAUAG